CAAUAGAAAUGUUAUCCAUGGUACAUUUUCUCUGAAUUACACAUCUAUCAUGUAGUUUCAUGGGUCCAGCCCACUUAACAUCAAAGUGAGCUGUAUGUGCCCCAUGAUGAAAAAGGAGUUUGACAACCACGCUUUAGAUGAUCCCACAUUCCUUCAAUAAUAUUAAAGCUUGAGUUCUGGUGAAGUGAAUCCGUGACUGAGGGUUCCACCUUGUGUUUUUCUACCCAGGUAUGAUUUUACUGCCGUGCGUCUGCAAUCAUUGUCAUGCUGUCAUGAAGCUGUUUCCAAUUUGUUGAUUGACAGCACUGCAUGGCAUUACAUUACCAAGAUGGCGGGGCGUGAACAAUGCGAGGCUCAGUGUCUCUCCAGAAUCUGCUAUUUAGCGGUUUUUUUAUCUACCGGAUUAUUCAUCCAGAACUGCUGUGCGUUGCUGACCUACAGCAGACAAGAGCUUCUGGACAUCUGGACUCAUAACUCCAACAGUUUUAUCGCCGAUCUCCGACUGAUCCCAGAGAUCUCCAGAACACCGGAGGAUGCCCACUCUCCCCGGCCGGGCGGAAGUGCACGCAGACGGCGCCGAGAACGUAAACAAAGGCGAGGGUUGAACAACAGCUGCCCGGACAAUGCUAUUGAGUUAGCAGGACGCUACACACACCGAGCCGACAGGGUAGCAGAUGACUCCGGCAAGACCAGAGGUGGAGGUUUGUGCAUUUAUAUUAACAAUGCUUGGUGCAUGACCUCCACUACUACUGAGAGUCACUGCUCACCUAAUGCAGAGUUUUUAAUGGUCAAAUGCAGACCUUAUUAUCUCCCCAGAGAGCUCACUUCUAUCAUACUCACUGCAGUGUAUAUCCCCCCUGACGCUAAUGCUAGGUAGUCCAUGAAAGAACUUUCUGCAGCCAUCAACAAACACCAGAAUAAACACCCCGAGGCUGCUUUUAUUGUUGGUGGCGACUUCAACCACACCAACUUAAAGACAGUCCUCCCCAGAUUCCACCAACAUGUCUCCUGCCACACCAGAGGAGACAAAACUUUAGACCAUGUUUAUUCCAACCUGGCUGGAGCCUACAAAGCAACACCCCUCCCCCACAUUGGACAAUCGGACCAUCUCUCCUUGUUCCUCACACCUCGGUAUUCACCACUCAUCCAGCGUGUGAAACCUGCUGUGAGGACAAUUAAAGUGUGGCCAGAGGGGACAGACGCAGUGCUCCAGGACAGAUUCAAAAACACAGACUGGAAUACGUUCACCCAUACAGACCUGGACCAGUACGCCUCAUCUGUACUGGAUUACAUCUCCAAAACUACAGACAGUGUCACCACCCAGAAACGGAUCACCAUGUACCCCAACCAGAAGCCUUGGAUGAACCGGGAUGUUCGUCUCCUCCUGAAGGCCCGCAACAGCGCCUUUAGGUCAGGAGAUGCACACGCCUACAGUACAGCCAGGGCUAAGCUAAAGAAGGGUAUCAAAAAAGCCAAACACCAUUACAAAAAGAAGGUAGAAGAACACUUCUCCAACUCCAACCCCCGACGCAUGUGGCAAGGACUCCAGACCAUUACAGACUACAGGACCACCAAACCCUCCCCCGCAUCCUCUGAUGUAUCCUUCCUCAACGAGCUCAACAACUUUUAUGCUCAUUUUGAGUGAGGGAACCCAAAAACUACAAUCAAAGCAGACAUGACGCCAGACCACCAACCUCUGACUCUCUCCCCCACCGAUGUAGGAGCGGUGCUGAGCAGGAUCAAUGUCCACAAGGCUGCAGGUCCUGAUGGCAUCCCCGGGCGUGUUCUCAGAGCGUGUUCUGGGGAGCUUGCAGGAGUGCUGACAGACAUAUUCAACCUGUCCUUGGCCCACGCUGUGGUACUGGCCUGCUUCAAAUCCACCUCCAUCGUCCCGAUACCCAAAAACUCCAACCCAUCUAGCCUCAAUGACUACCGCCCAGUAGCCCUCACCCCCAUCGUCACAAAGUGCUUAGAGCAGCUGGUACUAGCACACUUCAAAUCCUGUCUCCCCCCCACCCUGGACCCCCACCAAUUCGCAUAUCGUCAGAACAGGAGCACAGAGGAUGCAGUCUCCAUCGCACUGCACUCUGUCCUCUCACACCUGGACAACAACAGCUACGCCAGAAUGCUGUUUAUAGACUUCAGUUCAGCAUUCAAUACAAUCCUCCACUCACAACUCAUCAGGAAACUGACAGACCUAGGCAUCAGUUCCUUCAUGCGCAAUUGGUUACUGGACUUUCUGACCAAUCGCCCCUGUCAAUGGAAAAUUGUACUUAGUAGUCAUUAUAAUCUUUUAAUGAUAUAGGUUUCCAUAUAUGCUUAGAGGUGUAUAAUCGAUUGUGUAGUGAUAGGAUGUGUGAUCUUUAGUAGGCUUUGUGUGCAUUCCAGAGUGCUCUGGUUUUCACACCCACACUCUGGGAGCAUGGGAGAGGUCAUACCUUGUCUUAUUGUUUUGUGAUAGGAUAAACGUAUCUAUGUCUGUUUUAGGCUAAGUGCAUUUUGUUUAGAUGAACUGUUGGACUUCCAGACCAGCAGGUUUAGGGAAGUCUUUAAGGGGUCACCCACUGACCACACACACACACACACACACACACACACACACACACACACAAUGAUGUAUAAAUAAAGACCAGGGCAGUGACACGGCGCGAGUCUCAGAGCCCUCACUUCUGUGCGAGUGCUGUGACUGCCCUUGCUUGCAAGUAACUAACUGCAGUGUGUGUUUCUCCUCUCUGAUUCGAAGCUGAAGAAGUGUCUUAGAAUACAUCUCUUGACAGCCCCCAACAUGUCCGGCUGGAUAACCGCUGCUCAUCUACAAUCACAAUGAACACCGGUGUACCACAAGGCUGUGUGAUGAGCCCUUUCCUCUACUCCCUCUUCACCCAUGACUGCAGACUUACCGAUGGUUCCAACACCAUCAUUAAGUUUGCAGAUGACACCACGGUGAUUGGUGUGAAAAGGAGGAUGUUUUUUCUAUUUUUCAGGUUCUAUUCAUAACCAGUAUUAUCACCACUAUCAUCAUUCAUCAUUAUCAUUUCAUCAAAGCAUUUAUUGAAUCUGUUGAUGUUAUAUUAUAAUGUGUAUUUUAGGGGGAGCCUAAUCACAUAUUAAUGGCAGAAUAAUCUUUCAUUGCAGGUUUAACUGCAUUCAUGUAAUCCAUAGUGUUCAUUAGAGAGUUGUUAAUUGGGGGGUUGAAGUUAUGGGGAAGUGAGAAAGUUAAGCUAAAGUUAAGAUGACUCCAUAUCUGUUUACAAUACAACACAUCACUUAUAAUAAAGUUUACAGCAUGGAGGCCUGUGAGCCCAGCACAACUUGCUGCAGGGGAAUCUGGAGGAGAAGACACACAUAGUGGGGCCUGUUCAUACACACACAGUUUCUCAACUUGUUUUGCUCAAAACUGCUACGUGACUUGUCCAGUGUACGUGACUGUUUACUAGACAGAGAACAUCUGGAGUAGGGAGUAAAGGGUGUUAAGGGUCCGAUGUACUGGAGUGUUCUUAGAUUACGAGAAUUGAUACCUAGAUUUCCAGUAAAUCCAAGUGUUUUGACGCAUAUUAUUCGUCAUCAACUG